GCGGCUGUGACGAGGCUAUGGAGUGUUGAUUGCGGUAAGAACCUCAGUUCCACCGAGAGUCGUCGGCCAGUGUGUUGCUCCGCCACAACCACCGAGUCAGCCUCCACGUGAACCACGGAGCGUUGUCAGUGCGCCACUCCAUGCAUCUGUCCCCGGAGUUAGGUGGCGAGAGGUCCGACAGAAUGACGGACUUCCUGCUGCCGGUGGAGAGGACCCUGACCGAGGUUUUGGGAGAACAUCCCGGCGAACUGACCCAAACCGGCAGUCCCAAUUUCGUGUGCUCGAUAUUGCCCUGUCAUUGGAGGUCCAACAAGACUUUACCGGUGGCCUUCAAGCUGGUGGCCCUGGGUGAGGUGUCCGAUGGCACCCUAGUAACCAUCAGGGCAGGCAACGAUGAGAAUUACUGCGGGGAACUGCGUAACUCCACGGCGGUUAUGAAGAACCAAGUGGCCAAGUUUAACGAUUUGAGAUUCGUGGGAAGGAGCGGAAGAGGAAAGAGCUUCACUCUGACAAUCACGGUCAGCACCAAUCCUCCCCAAGUGACCACCUACGUCAAGGCUAUCAAAGUGACCGUGGACGGACCCAGAGAACCCAGAAGUAAGACCAGGCAUCAGCAGUUGCGGGCUUUCGCUAGUGCCUUCGGUCACCGUUCGCCAUAUUUGGGAGACCCACUACGGGAUUGGGACCAUCUACGUAGGAAGGCGGCGGAACAAUGGGCUGCCGACAUACACCGGAGAUUGCCGAACCAGGGACAAGAUCCGACUCAAGCUCUUCAUCUGGCAGCUGUCGAUUCGCCGUGGGGACCUUACGGAUCGCAUUACACAACUUACAUGGCCUCUACUCAGGGUUUGCCAGCCGCUGCCUUCGCUGCAUCGCACUCUAUCGAAGGAAGUCCCACGUCGUCUCACGAUGCCUGCCCCCAAUUGUCUACAGGCAUGGACAGGAGCAAUUCCAGCGUUUUCUCGUCUCUAUCGGAAGGUCCACUCCCUCUGAAGGAUUCGAUGGUGACCACUCGAUAUACCAAUACCGUAACGGCAGAGAUAUGCUUAACGGACCGUCUGUCUGACCUCAGACAUGGAUUAGGUGGAUCGAGUUACGCUCAUCAGCCCGCAACCACCACUGCAGUAUCUCUUCUAUCGGCCAACAACACUUCGCCCUAUCUGUCUGUCAGUCACGGUCUCCUGGCGGGACCCGGAUACUACGGAAGCAAUAACGGAGUAUAUCUGACCCCUCCCAUGUUGCCUCCGUCCCUCAUCUAUCCUCAGCUCUACGGCAGCGUGUCUCAUCACUCCUUCCACCUGUUGGGUUCCUCUGCAGUAGAAACCGAGCAACCUCCCAAUAGCGAAGGCGAAAGGGGUGCAUCGGAGCAGCAAGAGAACAGGGAAGAGAGCAGGAAAGAAGGAAGAUCACCCAGAUUCACAUCGACCAACGGACAAUCAGAUCACCUUUGGAGACCUUACUGAUUCUUCUGGUUUCGUCGGCACGGCCAUCUUCGUCAGUUUCCUUUUUGUAUAUAAAUUAGGACAUAAAAAAACUUUUAAAUAUUUAUGAAACGGAAUGUCGAGAGCUGCCGAUCCAGUUGCUGUGCAAGACGAAAUUCUAUCCUUGCGAAGAAUUUUAAAAUAAAAUAAAUAAAUAAA